GGAAAAUGUUCAUUCAACUGAGCAAAAGCAUCAGUGAGUAUAGUCUAAUUUAGCUGUAAUAUCUGUUGUUGCAACUUGUGUAGAAUGUGUCUAUUUUGGAUGUAGUUAUAGCCGUGUGUGUGAGUGUGUGCGUGUGUGUGUGUGUGUGUGUGUGUGUGUGUGUGUGUGUGUGGGGGGGGGGGUUAUUUCUCAAUCAAGAAUCGUCCAUGUGUGACAGCCAAUCAAACUAAUACCCGAGCAGGACUGCUGUGAGUGACAGAGUUCUGAGCCAAUAGAAACAAAUGAUAUUAUGAAAUAACAAUCUCUGCCGAGCAGUUUGAAUUUACUUCAAUAUAAAUGUUCAACUCCAUGAACUAAAAUACCAAAAAAGGUGUUUGCAAAUGAGACAACACUUGUAAAUUUGAAUAUCUUGAAAAUAUUUUAGCUUUCGAUUAAGGUUUCCUAAAAACGCUCCUUGGCUGCUGGUUUCCUGAUUUUUUUUGUUGUUUUUUAAACCUAACCCGUCACUGUUGUUUUACUUUUACUUUCACUGCGGAUUGUGUCGCAGCAAGAAAUUCUAGAGGUGAGUAAACUCGAUUCAAAGUUUAUAUAAAAAUAUCCAAACAAUACAAGUCAUCGUAGAUUACCUUUACUACGUUUGUUUUAUGUAAUUGUUAUGCCGAUUGGAUUAUACAAACUAAACGUGAUGUCCGAUUAUCCUCUACUCUGAAGACCAAACUUCAGUGAAAAAUCCUGAAAAUCCUCACAGCCUUUCCUUUAACUUGGCUGUUCUGAAUCAAACUCCUGCUUGUUUCCACUCAUUUGUUAUUUAUUAAGAUUUUUAGACAUGAGUUGACUUACUAAGAAGUCUGUGAUGACAAGCAUCAGAAAGGAAGUAAAUUCAGGACGCCAUUACAGAUGUCAGGAGAGGCAAAAGUCAUCAGCUUUGGUCUGACACGUUCAUUUUGGUUAAAAAAUCAUGAACAUGAUGUUGAUCCAGCUGCAUCAAAGAGAUUAGACAUAGAUAACAGAAUUAGAUCAUUUUCACAACAAUAGCAACACUAAUAACUUUGAAAAACAAGGUUACAAAGUGCUUUACAAGGGCAGAAAAGAAAAUAUUGGAUAAAAAUAGAGCUAAAAUCACACAAGGCCAAAGCGUCCUUUAUGCAUUAGCACUUUACACAAACUGUAGUUGAUCCAAAGUGCUUUGCAGCAGUUCACAGGGAAAUAAGUCAAAUGAAAGAAACAAACACAGCUAGGGGAACAGAGAGGAGAACAAUCUGAGUGGUGACAAAGCGAUGAAAUCGAGUUUGUGGAAAGAAUGACAGUAUAUGUACUAUCUGCCAUCAUCAAUUGUUACAACUUGUCACUAACAUAACCAUUGUAACCAUAAAACAGCCCAGGAAAAACACCUGAGUUAGUCAGGGGAAGUUAAAAGCGUAAGAGUAAUAGAGUUCCUGAGCUUUAAAGUGCAGAUAAAAAAUAAAUCAAUUCAAAUAAAAAUUCAAAGUCAGCUGGGAUCAGGAAAGGCUCUAAGACAAGAGCGUGUUUUCAGAGAGGAGUUAAGAGUGACCACUGACCCAGCUCAUCUAAUCUCCUCCAGCAGAUCUUUCCAGAGUUUUGGGGCCUUACAAUUUUCUGUCCUCUUUAGAUGUCGGUCUGAUAUUUGAAACAAACAGAAGAAAAAUAUUGAGAAUAUCAAUGAAUGGGUCAACUUGUACAACACUAACACGUCUUAAAGGCAAUGGAGGGCUUUAAAAAUCAUCAGUAAAAUCCAGAAUUCAGUUCUAAAACAUACAGGUAGCCAGUGUAAAGAUGCUAACACAGAAGAGACGUGUUCAUGUUUUGUGGUCCCGGUUUAAACCCUGGAUGCUCAGUUCUGAACUGACAGUUGAUGUUUGGUGCAGCUUCUUACCAGUAGAUGGCAGUAGUUGCUUGGUCAUGUGUUGUGGACAAUUGAAAUGAUCUGUUUUGCUUGAAUUAAGCUCUAAAUGUUUUGACAUCACUUUGAAUGUAUUGGUGAUUCUCGUGGUAAAACCAGGUGUGAAAUAGAUUUAAUGAAAGUGAAAUAUUUUCCAAUUCUUGCUUGUCAGGAUUUCAGCCAAUAAAAAGUUCAGGUUGUGUAUUUUCGCUGUGUUUUUGGGUCAUGAUAUGAAAUGUUUCAGAUAGGUUACAGUCAAGACUACAGGCAGACUGGUUUAUCAGCAGGACUCUUCUACGACAGAGUCAUGCUGUUAUAAUCCCUGUUGUCACAAUGUGGUUUGUUAUGGUCUUGCUGAAAUAUGAAGGUCUACCCUGAAAAAGUCUUUGUCUGGAUGGCAGCAGAUUUUGCUCCAAAAACAGAGCAACUGUGUGCUCAGAACAAGCCUGGUGAGCCCCUCCUCUUUAAAGCGAGGAAAUUGUGUUUUUUAUUCGCACUUUUUUCACUCAGAAUACAAGCUUUUUUGUUUGAGAUUGGAUGCUCAUUUUUAUUUUACUUUACAUUGACAGUGCCAACUUCAGCAUACAGCCAUAGAUACUAACAGAACACAGGAUUCGUAAAUAUAAUAAAUAAAAAGACAUGAAAUUAGAUGAACCUGCAGAAUCAUUUUCUGAGACAUAGAAAAAAAAUUGCACCCAAACAGGGUUACACGUUUGAACUGAGCCGGACAUUAUUUUGAAAUGUUUUUUAUCACCCCAAAAAGAUUUUACUCCUUUUUUUUCAAAUCCUCAAACUCUGCUCUUUUGUAGUUGAAUUGGUCUGUGGUGUUUCCAGCAGAGAGAGGUCAUGGCGGCUGCAGCAGCAGGUGAGUUUUGUCAGCCUUUAAAUAAUCCAGGUACCUAACCCUAACCCAAACCCUCCUUUCAUUUACAUGUUAUAGAGGAAACUGAAGUCCCCCCCCCCCCCCAUCAGUAAUUUAAUCAGGCCAGUGAGUUCUGGAUUUAAGAAACACAAAACAAGUAUGAACCAUCUCUAGGGUUUACAGAGAAUGGUUCGAAAAAGAAAAAAUAUCCAGUGAGCGGCAGUUCUGUGGGCGGAAAUGCCUUGUUGAUGCCAGAGGUCAGAGGAGAAUGGCCAGACUGGUUCGAGCUGAUAGAAAGGCAACAGUGACUCAAAUAACCACCCGUUACAACCAAGGUAGGCAGAAGAGCAUCUCUGAACGCACAGUACGUCGAACUUUGAGGCAGAUGGGCUACAGCAGCAGAAGACCACACCGGGUGCCACUCCUUUCAGCUAAGAACAGGAAACUGAGGCUACAAUUUGCACAAGCUCAUCGAAAUUGGACAAUAGAAGAUUGGAAAAACGUUGCCUGGUCUGAUGAGUCUCGAUUUCUGCUGCGACAUUCGGAUGGUAGGGUCAGAAUUUGGCGUCAACAACAUGAAAGCAUGGAUCCAUCCUGCCUUGUAUCAACGGUUCAGGCUGGUGGUGGUGGUGUCAUGGUGUGGGGAAUAUUUUCUUGGCACUCUUUGGGCCCCUUGGUACCAACUGAGCAUCGUUGCAACGCCACAGCCUACCUGAGUAUUGUUGCUGACCAUGUCCAUCCCUUUAUGACCACAAUGUACCCAACUUCUGAUGGCUACUUUCAGCAGGAUAAUGCGCCAUGUCAUAAAGCUGGAAUCAUCUCAGACUGGUUUCUUGAACAUGACAAUGAGUUCACUGUACUCAAAUGGCCUCCACAGUCACCAGAUCUCAAUCCAAUAGAGCAUCUUUGGGAUGUGGUGGAACGGGAGAUUCGCAUCAUGGAUGUGCAGCCGACAAAUCUGCGGCAACUGUGUGAUGCCAUCAUGUCAAUAUGGACCAAGCUCUCUGAGGAAUGCUUCCAGCACCUUGUUGAAUCUAUGCCACGAAGAAUUGAGGCAGUUCUGAAGGCAAAAGGGGGUCCAACCCGUUACUAGCAUGGUGUACCUAAUAAAGUGACCGGUGAGUGUAUAUCCUACAUGUUGCACCAUGAACACUCAAGAUAGGAAACCAAAAUCACUAAAAUGGAGAUUAUACUAACAAGAUUAAGAGUAAUCCAGUAAAACUGAAUCAGCUAAAAGUCUAAAAGAGAGAAAAAAUCGAUCAAAGUUAAUAAUAAGAAUUUCUCAUAAUGAUAGUGAUAAUUAUUAUAAUUUUACUGGUAUCAUACGUUUCAAAAACAAGUAAUCAAGUGCUUAAUGGUUAAAAAUAGAUUAAAACAUAGCAGUUAUAACAUUUAUCAGCAAAAAAUUAGGAUAAAAAUUCAAACGCAUAACUAAUAAUGACAGAUUACAAAUAAAUAAGAUCCAGUACUUAAAAAAUAACUUUUGGCUACAGACACUUAUAACAAAAAGGAUUUAAGAAGGAUUUAAAAGAGGACACUGUGUUAGUCCGUCUGACAUCCUCAGACAGAGAGUUCCACUGCUGUGGAGACAAACAACAAACGCAAUUGCCAGUCUAGAUUUAGGAACCACGAGAAGGGCCCUGCUAGAGGACCUCAGAGCCCUCUAGAGGUCAGGUUAUAGGGACUUACCAGCUCACAGAUAGAGACUGGAGCCAUAGAAGACUUUGAAAAACAAGCAGAAAAGAACAUUUUAAACUCACAGGGAGCCAGUAAAGGACUGGACUGGAGUUAAAGCAACAGCAUUUUGAAAUGAUAUUGGUCUUUGUUUGUUGUGCUCACUGAUGCCAGAAUAAAGUCCACUACAGUCAGGAGAGAGAAAAGAGCAGGUUUUGGUUUACUGUCUGAGCUGAGCAAAGAAGGCCUCCAUAACUGCUCACCUGUGUGUCUUUGCGAACAUUAUAGAGAAGACACACAGGCUGGAGGACAGAUCAUAAACAUAGCUGACUGGGGGUGGAGGAUUAAUCACAUAACUUUAUCACAUAAUCUAAUAACUUUAGAUUUGGAGUCAUUCAGCUGCAGAAAAUGUUUAGGACAUAAUGUGAGACACAUCUGUGGUGCCAGGUUUUAACAGGGCAUAGAGCUGAGUGUCAUCGGCAUAGCAGUGAAAGUUUAUACCAUGCCCCAGGGGAGCAUGUGUACAGUGAAUAAAAGGGGGCCUGGGAUAGUCUCCUGAGUGGCUCCACAUGGGAGAGGAGCACAAGAAAAGGAGGUGUUACUUAAUGCUGUAUAAAAAGAUCCGUUUGACAGAAAUGUGGCUUAAAACUAAGGUUUGAACCAAACAUAUCAAUUCAUGUCAUACUCAAUAUACAAGAGGUCAAUGUAUGACCUGUGAGCAAAGUUUGGUCUGUGUCAAGUUUUUCAACCCCAGCAGUCAAAGAUUUACAUUUUAUUACUGAACUGAUUUUAUUCUGGAAAUGCCAAAGAGCUAUGUCCUCAAAAUGAAUCUAACCCCACUUCCCUCAAUAAUCAAAUAUGUCAUUCAUUACAGAUAUUUACUGUUCCAAAAGUUUAAAGAAAUGCUUUUUCUCCAGCUGGCUGACAAUCGUCUCUGUUUCAGACAUUAAAAUGUACAUUAUAAAUGAUACUGAAUGUGUUGUUGAUGGUCUUGUUGGCUUUUGUAGGUCAUUGAGAGGCUUUAGUAUUCAUUUCAGUGAUUUUCACAAUUGGUUUAAAACUCUUCACUGGAGCUUUAAUAACUGCAAUGGUUAUAGUGAAAGACUUUGAUCACCCAUAUCCAUAUUUGUCUUUCUGAUUUUAGAUGGUCCAUUCCCUCUGAGGCGAAGUAGAAGCUUAGAUUUUUUGCCACCUUGGAGUGAGUAAAACUUCCUUCCCUGAGAAUCUGUGAUCAAAAACUCUUCGUAGAUAAUCAAAUGUUUGAAAUGAAAUAGGAACAAAGUUAUAAGUCAAUGCAGGUACAAGUCAAUCUUUCUAAAUCCUUGUUUCUCACAGUGUCUGAGCUGAGGGUUGUGCUGCUGGGUAACAGCUGGUCUGAGAGGAGCUCAGUGAGGAACUUCAUAGUGGGAGAGAGUGUGUUCAACGUAGAGGAGAAGUCUGGUGGCUGUUUGAAAGAAAAAGGUCGAAUAAAGGAGAAAGACAUAGUUCUCAUCAACACUCCAGAUCUGAUCAAUCCCGGCAUCUCUGCAGACAAACUGACAGAACAUGUGAAAGACUGUGUGAGGCUCUCUGAUCCUGGACCUCAUGUGUUCCUGCUGGUUUUACAGCCUGAGGACUUCACUGAAGAACACAAACUGAGACUCUGCAGAGUCCUUGAAAGCUUUAGUGAUCGAUCAUUUGAUCAUUCAUUGAUACUGAUAUCACCACCCAGAGAGCAAGGCUCAGGUGUCAGAGGAAAAUAUCUGCAGGAUUCAGCCCUCAAAGACAUGAUCAGAGAGUGUAGAUACAGAUACUUAGAUCAGACAGACCUUGAACUUCCAGAGCUGUUGACACGUUUAGGCCAAAUCAUGAAGGAGAACAGAGGAGAGCAUGUCAUCUGUGAAGUAUUUGAAGACACUACAGCUUCUUUACCAGGUGAUCACCAAAGCACCAUACAGAGGAAAAAGCAAACUUCUAUUUUAGACGAUGUUCUGGCUGCUGGUAAGUACAAAAACAAAGUCGGCAAUAAUCAAAUCUCAUGUAAACAUAUAUUUUGUCUUUAUUUUACCACAGAACAAAUAAAGCUGCAUAUUCAUUGAGAUUACUUUCCCUCAGGACUGUCUGGAGCAAGAGGAUUGACUUCAAAAAUCAUGGACUGGGAUAAGGACCGUCAGACUCAGGGCAAGUAAAGAUAGAUUUAUGAUGGUGUCUUUUCUGAACCACCAGCCUGAAGACAUUGCACUACUCUGUAAUAUCUUAAGUAAUCCACCAGAAUACAUUUUUUAUACCACAUCUUAAUACAAACUGAGAUGGAUGUCAAAAAGGACACAUGGCACCAACAGGAGUGUUUACACAAUGUGCUCCACUAAAUAUAGCGACACUGAACUGGCAAAGGGAGAUGUUGAGGAGAAACUGCUACUGCACAAGAAAUACCAGGAAGUUAUGCAGCUAGCAAUGGUUAGCUCUUUUACUCUGCCAUGUUUGUUUACUUUAAUACCAUGUUAGGCUAAAGACUGUAUACUGAGUGGACAAAGCAUCAGUGUUUUUUGUAGAUGGAAGAACAUUAACCAGCCUUUAACUGCUGGAAAAAUCCCUCAUGACAACAAAUACAACAGAUUUGAUAUGAAUUGUAACAUUCUGUAAUUUUUUCUUUAUCUCUGUUAUUAUACAGCAUCUGGAUUCAGGAUUGUGCUCCUGGGAAAAAGUUCUGACAAACAGAUAAAACUGUGUAACAUCAUCAUCAGGGACCAAGCCUCUAAAUCCUCCAAAUUGUCCCAAACAAAGUGGAGGGGGACACCAGUAACAGUGGUGAAAACUCCAGACUUGUUCAGUCUUUCUGUGGAGGCUGUGAGACGAGAGGUUAAGAGCUGCGUGAGUCUCUGUCCUCCAGGACCAAAUGUCCUGCUGCUGUUGGUGAAACCCUCUGAUUUCACUAAAGAGAACAGACUAACACUGAAGUUCAUUCUGAGUUUGUUUGAGCAGGAUGCUUUUAAACACUCAAUGGUCAUCAUGACUCACAAGAAUAUGGGCAGCACUGUAAAUCAUCUUAUUGAAGACUGUGGAGGACAAUACCAGGAUAUGGAACAUGAGGAUCAUAAUCUGCUAAUGGAGAAGAUUGAGAACAUUGUGCGUAAGAACAAAGAAACCAACUUAACACUCACUGAAGAAACCAGAAGAUCAAAAUCUGAACACAUGAAACCAGCGUUGAACCUGGUCCUGUGUGGGAGGAGAGGAGCAGGGAAGACUUCAGCAGCAGAGGCCAUUUUAGGUCAGAGAGGUCUUCAUUCAGUUUCCAGCUCAUCAAAAUGUGUGAAACAUCAGGGGGAGGUGUGUGGACGUUCAGUGUCUCUGGUGGAACUUCCUGCCCUGUAUAAUAACCUCCUGGAGACUGUGAUGGGGGAAUCACUCAGGUGUGUCUCCCUCUGUGAUCCUGAAGGUGUUCAUGCCUUCAUCCUGGUUCUACCUGUGGGUCCACUCACUGAUGACGACAAGGGAGAGUUAAAGACCAUCCAGGACACAUUUGGACCUCCAGUCAAUGACUUCACCAUGAUUCUGUUCACUGUGGAGUCAGAUCCUUCAGAUCCAGCUGUUUUUAACUUUGUGAAGGAAACCGAAGAAAUCCAGAGUCUUCUUCAGGACUGUGGAAAUAGAUCUUUUGUCCUUAACAUCAGAGAUAAGAGGCAUAUCCCAGAGCUAUUGGACACGGUGGAAAAAAUGCCAAUCAAAAGAUCCAGAUACUUUACAAGAGACAUGUUCACAAGGGCUCAGAUGAAGAUGGUGAUAAGUCUGAAAGCUGAACUGCACGAAGUGAAACACAGUCCUGAAAAGGAAGGGGAAAUCCAGAGCAGAGAGUGUCUCAGGAUUGUGCUGAUCGGGAAGACUGGCAACGGGAAAAGUGCAACAGGAAACACCAUUUUGGGCAGAGCAUGUUUUUUGUCUACUUCCAGCUCAAAGUCUGUGACCAAGUUCUGCCAAAAAGAAACCGGAGAGGUUGAUGGGUGGCCUGUUGCUGUGGUCGAUACCCCUGGACUGUUUGACACAAGUCUGUCCAGUGAUGAGUUUCAGCAGGAGCUUGUGAAAUGCAUUAGCAUGUUAGCUCCUGGACCUCAUGUGUUUUUAUUGGUGCUGCAGAUUGGCCGCUUCACACAGGAGGAAAAAACCUCGGUGGAAAUGAUUAAGAAAAGCUUUGGCAAGAACGCAGGAAACUUCAUCCUCAUCAUAUUCACCAGAGGAGAUGAUCUCGAUCAGCCAAUUGAAAGUUACAUUAAAGAAAGUGAUGAUGUUUUGCAAAGACUGAUACAUGACUGUGGAGGAAGGUACCAGGUCUUCAACAACAAGCAACAAACAGACCGCACCCAAGUCAAAGAUUUAAUGACAAAGUGUAACAAGAUGCUGAAGGAAAACGGCAGCAGCUUCUACACAUCUGAUAUGUUCCAAGAGGCCGAGGCAGCAAUACAGAAGGAAGUAGAGAAGAUCCUGAGGGAAAAAGAGGAAGAAAUGCAGAGACAGAGGGAGGAGCUCCAGAGAAAACAUGAGGAAGAAAUGGAAGCAGCUAAGAAAAGAAUGGAGCUACAGAAAGAAGAAGCUGAGCAGAAGAGGGUCAAACAACUUAAAGAAAUGGAGGAAAAAAUCAGUAAAGGACGUAAGGAGAGGAAGAAAGAGCAGGAGAUCAGAGCACAGGAGGUCAGGAGGAGAAAAAGGCAGGAUGAACGUAAACAACAGGAAUGGGAGGAAAAGCUUGAAACCCUGGAGAAAAGAAUUCAGUCAGGAUUAAAAGAAAAGGAAAACACUGACAAGGAGUUGGAGCAGAGUAGAGAGGAGAUGAAAAAACAGCGAGAGCACUGGGAGAAAGAAAAGAAGGACUGGUGGGAAAAAAAUGAACAAAAAAGAAAUGAGGAGCAAACAAAAAUGCAAAAACUUCAAGAAGAAUUUGAGCUGGAAAAAGAAAAACUUGAAAAUGAAAGAAAAAAAGAAGAUCAAGUUAGAAGGGAACAGGAAGAGAAGGAGAGAAGAGAGUUAGAGGAAAACUACAAGAAAAAGAUGGAGGAAAUGAAGAGAAAGUAUGAAGAGGAUGCCAGAAAACAAGCUGAGGAACUGAAUGACUUCAGACAGAAAUACACCAAGGACUUUGCUGCACUGGUAGAGAGACACAUGGAGGAAAUGUAUGAACUGAAGAAGAAACAUCAGACACAACUGUAUGAGGCUGAGGAGAGGCAUGGCAAAGAGUACAGUCUGUUAGAAAACCUCUCAAAGAGCAAAGACACAUACCUAAAACAACAGAUGGAGAGAUUGAAGAAAAAACAGGAACAAGAAAUCCAUAAAUUGAAAGAAGAAUACAAAGGCAAAUGUGCCAUCCUCUGAUAUUCCUCUCAUGACUUGGUCAUUGUAACGGUCUCCAUAACAAAAGUAACUCUGAAUAAUGGAAACCAAAACAAGAGAGAAAGAGGCCAGGGAAGAUGUGACCUUCAUACAAACACACAAAGCAGAGCGAUGGACUGAUUCCCCAACUUCAAGGCAUUUUCAUGGUUGUGCUUGUAACAGACUUAAGCUUGGGUUACGUGGACCUGCACCUGCAGUAUUUUUUCUGUUUUAAAUGUAUGUUGACAUAUUAAAACUGAGUGCUGCCACCAGAGGGCACUCUGUCUUUGAGAACAAGGGAUGUGAUGUGACUGCUGCCUCUGUCAUACACAUGGAUACUCUUCCUCUGAUAUGAUCUGGUAUAUUUUUAUUCUUCUAUAAAAAUGAUGCUUCUGUGUUUCUUGUGUUUAGAUUGAACUAUACCUACUUGUGUUUUUUUUCAUGUUAAAGUUUCAUCUUCUUACAAAAAUCUCAUCCCACUGACUUUUGACCAAAGUAAAAUAAAGAAAUUGUAAAUAUAGGGCUGUUUCUUUUGCUUCUUGGCUGACAUCUACCCCCUCGCACCAGCUUCAGGCAUUAGAAAAUUAUAUCAAGUCAGUCUUGUACCUGAUGGUUUUGUUUCCUUUUGGAUAUGAUGAAAAAAAGCAUCAAUGUGAAUUUUAGUCUAUUUUAUGAUUGCUAAGAAAACUCCUCACAGGAGCUUUGGAUUAGUUUAAGUGCAAGUUUAAAAUUCCAUUAAUUGAGUUUAAAGUCCACUUUAACGAUCUAAAGGACUUAAGCCAAUGUCCUGAUUGUGGUGUUAAAUGAAUGUGAUGAAAUGCACAUGAUGAUCUUGACAUUUAGAUACUGAAAUAAAUGUUUGACUGAUGAA